UUUCUCAUUUUUUUUUUCCCUUCAUUUGCAGCCUAAAAUGACACAAGAACUAGCAAUGGAUUCAACUUCACUAAGCAACCUUCACAUUCUAUGCAUUCCUUUCAUGGCACCAGGUCACAUUCUUCCUAUGGUUGACAUGGCAAAGUUAUUGGCUAGACAUAAUGUGAAGGUGACCAUAAUCACUACACCUCUUAAUGCAAUCCAAUUCAAAACAAGCAUCAAUAAAGAGAUUGAAUCAGGUUCACCAAUCCAACUUCUAGAAGUGAAUUUUCCGAAUGCCGGGGCAGGAAUUCCAAAGGGAUGUGAAAGCUUAGAAACACUUCCUUCAAUGGAUCUCAAAGGAAAUUUCUUAAUAGCUGUUAACCUUCUGCAGAAGCCAAUAGAAGAGCUUAUUCAAAAGCUAGAACCAUUUCCAAGUUGCAUUAUAUCUGAUAAGCAUAUUCCAUCUCUAGCUGAUACAGCUAACAAGUUCAAAAUCCCAAGAAUCAUAUUUGAUGGUACUAAUUGCUUAAACCUCUUAUGCAACCAUAAUAUUCAUGCUUCUAAGGUUUAUGAAACUCUAUAUGAUUCAGAUCAAUUUGUUAUCCCUGGAUUGCCACAUAGAAUUGCAAUGAAAAAAUCUCAGCUUCCUGUGAUAUUCAAGCCUGGUCCGAAUCAACUGUUGAAUCGUUUACGUCAACGAAUAAGGGAUUCGGAAGUUGAAGCAUACGGGAUUGUGGUGAAUAGUUUUGAAGAGCUGGAAGAUGGUUAUGUUGAAGAGUAUCAAAAUGUUACAGGACAUAAGGUAUGGUGUGUUGGUCCAGUUUCAUUAUCGAAUAAAGAUGAUAUAGAAAAAGCUCAAAGAGGUAGUAAAAAUUUUAUUGAUGCAAAUGAGUAUGUGAAUUGGCUUAAUUCAUGGCCUAAAAACUCAGUAAUUUAUGUUUGUCUUGGUAGUCUUAAUCGUGUAACACCUAAACAAUUGAUGGAAAUUGGUUUGGGAUUGGAAGCUACUAAUAGACCAUUCAUUUGGGUGGUGAGAAAAGCAUAUAAGUGGGGUGAAAUGGAAAAAUGGCUAUUAGAAGAUGGAUUUGAAGAGAGGGUUAAAGGGAGAGGAAUUUUGAUUAGAGGUUGGGCUCCACAAGUUUUGAUAUUGUCACAUAAAGCAAUAGGUGCAUUUUUGACACAUUGUGGAUGGAAUUCAACAUUAGAAGCUAUAUGUGCUGGUGUACCAUUGAUAACAUUUCCUAUGUUUUCUGAUCAAUUUUAUAAUGAGAAAUUGGUUGUACAAGUGAUUGAGACUGGUGUGAGGGUGGGAGUAGAAAAUGCUGUGCAUUUUGGAGAUGAAGAUGAGUUUGGUGAUGGUUUUCAAGUGAGUAGGGAAAAUGUUAGAGAAGCUAUAGAGAAGGUGAUGGGUGAAGGUGAAGGGAAAAAUGAGAGGAGGGAAAGAGCUAAGAAGUAUGCUGAUAUGGGAAAGAAGGCUAUUGAACAAGGUGGAUCUUCUUACCUCAACAUGUUGAAGCUAAUUGAAGAUAUCAUGCAUGUUAAACCAUUUGAAUUUUGAAGUAUUGCUUCUUUGUUAUACUUUAUUGCUUGCUUGUUUAUUCCUUAUAUUUUACAAUAAAUGGUGAAUGAUUCAUGACAUUCUAUGUGUUCUUUGAAGU